GCACAAGGCUUGCCUACCAAUAGCAGGGUCAAGUUACUCGUAAUUGUGUAUAAUGCGUUGCUGCGAUAAACGAAGCCAUGAUACUGAGCAUGAGUAUUGUGUUGGUUCUGAUGCUGAUGAAAGUAAGUAGUGAAGAGUCAGAUUCUGAAGUAAGCGGGUAUAAAACGGAUCCGGGAAUCUUGGAAGAUGCCAUUUUGGACACGUGGUCCCUAAUUCGAAAAUACGGGUACCCGUGCGAGAUCCAUCGCGUGUACACAGAAGAUGGGUACAUCCUGGAGUUACACCGCAUCCCACAUGGUCGGGAGAACGCAAAUUUGCCAGGCCCAAGACCUGUGGUGUUCCUGCAACAUGGCCUGCUCUCGUCUUCUGCAGAGUGGGUGCUCAUGAUGCCAGGAAAAGGCUUUGCAUAUAUAUUAGCAGAAGCCGGCUACGACGUCUGGAUGGGCAAUGCCCGCGGCAACACAUACUCCAAGCGGCACGUCUCCAUCAAACCCACCUCGUCCUCCUUCUGGAAGUUCAGCUGGCACGAAAUCGGCUACUACGACCUUCCCGCCAUGAUCGACUACGUCAUUAAGAACACUGGGGUUCCCAAGCUCCAGUACGUCGGGUUCUCGCAAGGGACCACUGCGUUCUGGGUAAUGGCUUCGACUAGGCCGGAGUAUAAUGAAAAGAUUAGCGCCAUGCAAGCUCUGGCUCCGGUGGCGUAUGUUGGGAAUAUAAGGAGUCCGCUGAUAAAGGCUAUUGCGCCGUUGACUAAUUCUCUUGAACUGAUCAUGAAGAUAAUCGGUGCCAACGAGUUCCUUCCCAACGGCAAGAUCAACGAGCUAGCCGGUCAGACACUGUGCGUGGAAGAGUCCAUCGCACAGGCCCUGUGUACCAACCUGCUGUUCCUCAUCUGCGGAUACAAUGACGCGCAACUCAACGCUACAAUGCUGCCCAUAGUGCUAGGCCACACCCCCGCCGGCGCCGCCACCCGGCAGCUCAUCCACUACGGCCAACUGUACAAGUCCAGCAAGUUCGUCCAGUUCGACCACGGCCUCCUCACCAACAAGCGCAAAUACGGCACCUUCAAGCCUCCCCCCUACGACCUCUCCAACAUUCGCACCCCCGUCUUCCUUCACUACGCUGACAAUGACUGGCUCUCCACCCCUAAUGACGUCGACAAGUUACUCAGAGAAGUCAAAUCCGCUGUCGGAAAGUACAAAGUACCAUUGCCCAAGUUCAACCAUUUGGACUUUGUCUUUGCGAUGGACGCUAAGAAACUAAUCUAUGAUCGUGUCAUGAAAAUUAUGGAGCAGUUUGUGUAAAUAAAAUAUAAA